AUGAAGCUCUUUCUGGGUGUCAUUGUUUUGCUGUCUGUGGUACUCACAGAUGGUGCAAAACCCCCCAAAUGCUUCAACAAUAUAGAAGGCUACUGCAGGAAGAAAUGCAACCUCGGGGAGAUAUCUGAAGUGAGUUGUCUGCAUGAUAAAUUAUGUUGUGUUAAUUAUGAGAGAAACAAGAUGAAAAUCCAGCAACUCCAGAAGCCAGUUCAAAUUGAGAAGAGUGAAGAAGUUCAGGACUACAUUGUCCUACCGACCAUCCCAUAUGAAACAGAAAGCAUGUGA